GGAGGUCCCCCCUCCCCUGCAAAUUAAUCAUCACCAUGCCCACGCCAUCCAGGACAGGCUAAAGAGGAUUUGGGAUUGUGGAGGCCCUCCCAGGGAUUGUGGAGGCCCUCCCAGGGACUUUGGAGGCCUUGGACUUCAGCCCCAAAGGGUAAGGCUAUGACAGUUGGAAAGAGCAGCAUUUGCUCACAAACAGUAUAUAAAGCAGACUGACUUGUGCUUAUCAUCUGGCUGCAGCUUUUGUUGCACCCUUACCCUUUUGCAAGGAGGAUGAGAAGAACCGGCAGCAGAAGGAAAGAACAAAGAGCAGCAAAGGGAGAACUGCCCUGCCCACCUGCCACACCAGCCAAACCAAAGGAAAGACUACCUGAAUUUCAACAUGCUGCCCUGAGUCUUUUCUCUGACUACUCCCCUUCCCGAAGAGACACUGCACAUUAGUCACUUACAGCCAGAAAAUGCCAGUGGCCUUAGGCGAUGUUCUUUUACUUAUGCUUGGGACAACGUUUCUUAGAGAAGGAAGUUCUACACCAAUGUCUAUGCAGAAAGAAUCAAAGUGUGGUCAAAAAACUUCUGAAACAGAUCAAUGGCAUUUCUAUAGCUACCUCUCUCGGAUUGUUGGUGGGAAUCAAGUUAAACAAGGCUCACACCCAUGGCAGAUUUCUUUGAAACGAAAUCAACACCAUUUCUGUGGAGGAACUCUUGUUUCUACUCAGUGGGUAAUCACGGCAGCUCACUGUGUUGUAAGCAGGUACCUGCUCAAUUCUCUGACUGUCACUGCUGGAGAACAUGAUUUGAGUCUGACAGAGGAGGAAGAACAGACCCUACCUGUAAAAUACAUUAUCAAGCACCCAAGAUACAACACCAAGAAUCCAAUGAAUUAUGAUAUUGCCCUUCUGAGAGUGAACGGCCACUUCAAAUUUGGUCCAAAGGUUUGGCCAGCCUGUCUUCCUGAUCCAAAUGAAAAGUUUGAUCCAGGAUUUAUAUGCACCACUUGUGGCUGGGGUCGUUUAGGAGAAAAUGCAGUCCUCCCUGGUGUCCUACAUGAAGUAGAUCUGCCCAUCUUGGACCAGGACCUAUGUUCUAGAGUUUUGUCCACUUUAAAGAAACCUGUUCAAGGUGACACUUUAAUGUGUGCUGGGUUUCCAGAUGGAGGAAAGGAUGCGUGCCAGGGUGACUCUGGAGGCUCUCUGAUGUGUAGGCGUGAACACGGUUCCUGGACUCUGGUUGGGGUGACCUCAUGGGGCAUGGGAUGUGCUCGUAGCUGGAUGUCUAACCUGAAAAAAAAAUAUAGUAUGAGAGGAUCACCAGGAGUUUUUACAGAACUUAUCAAGGUGCUCCCUUGGAUUCAAGAACAUAUGGACACCGAUGCCAAGAUGAAAAGUUCUAGAGCAUCCUGCAGUAUUCAAGAUGGUAAACUCCCUGACAGUGAAGGAAGACUGGAUUUUCCAGAAAGUCCCAAGCAUUUUUAUCAGGACAACCAGUUGUGUGUUUGGACUCUGCUUGUCCCAGAAGGAAUGCAUAUUCUGUUGAAUUUUUCCUACCUUGAUGUGGAGCCAGAUACAUUCUGCGAUUAUGAUUCCCUGUCAGUAACUUCUACAGAUGAUCAGCUCAUUGGGAAAUUCUGUGGAAUGGACCUUCCAUUACCCAUUUUGGUUGGUUCCAAUACUGUAAGGCUGAAAUUUGUCUCUGAUAACAAGGAACAUGGAACAGGAUUUUCUGUUAUAUACCAAGCUAUUGCACCAGACACUCUUUCAGAUUCUGGCUGUGAAUCUCUAGCUAUCUUCUUUGAGGAAGGAAUGAUCCAAAGCAUGCACUAUCCUGAAGCAUACAGUAACCUGGCAGACUGUCAGUGGAUUAUUCAUGCUCCAGAGAACUAUGUUGUUAAGCUCAUGUAUGAACAUUUUGAACUGGAGGAAAGCGAGCACUGCAUUUAUGAUUCAGUGGCAGUGUAUGAAAAUGUGGCACAAGAGAAAGAAAUAGCCCGAUCUUGUGGAUUUGCUCUCCCAGCACCAGUUUUGAGUUCCUCUAGUCCCAUGAUGAUCAGGUUCCAUUCAGAUGAAACAGAGACCUUUGGCGGAUUCAGAGCCAGAUUUGUGUUCAUCCAUUCAGCAGAUUUGAACCUAUCAAAUGCAAACACUGAAGUGAUUCUUCCUGAAGAAGUAAAUGACACUGCAAAUGAAACUGACAUUCCUGAUGACAUUUGUGGAGUCGCAUCAAAUCAGCCCAGGUUUCUCUUCAGUAGGAUAAUUGGAGGUGAGGAAGCUGUACCGCAUUCUUGGCCUUGGCAGGCCAGCAUGCAGAUUGCCAGUGAAAAUGUCUGCGGAGGAGCAGUUCUGACAAACACGUGGGUGCUCACUGCUGCUCACUGCUUUACAUAUAGGGAACAUUACAGAGAUCUAUGGAGAGUGGUUGUUGGAGUCCAUGACAUAAAAGCCCAAGAGCAGAAUAGUCAGAGAAGAUUGGUGAAGCAGUACAUUAUGCAUCCAAAUUUCAACAGCACGACGAUGGAUUCAGACAUUGCACUGGUGCAACUGAGUGAGCCUUUAGAAUUCAAUCAUUAUGUUCGUCCUGUGUGCCUACCUGAAAAAGAUGAAAAGGUUGAGCCUUCAAGGGUGUGUGUCAUUACAGGAUGGGGCGUUCAUAAUGAAGGGAAAGAAAUAUCAAGGAAGCUCCAGCAACUUGAAAUUCCUAUUUUGCUUUCUGAAGAAUGUCAGAAAUACUAUGUGAACCAUCCUGGAGGUGUAAACAAGCAGAUGUUCUGUGCUGGAUUUCUGGGUGAAAGGGACAAGGAUUCAUGUGCAGGAGAUUCUGGAGGACCACUGGUUUGUCCUUCGAAAGAGUCAAGCUACUACACCCUUAAUGGAAUAAUAAGCUGGGGCUUUGGCUGCGGAAGGCAAGGCUAUCCGGGAGUCUAUACAGACGUUGCUUCUUUCACCAGCUGGAUCCAUCAGCACAUCUAUGGAACCAAUUCUUCAAACUGGAAAUGAAGAUCUUCAGUGAAUUUAAGCUUUCAAGAAGACAACAGCUAAAUUACAAGGCAUAGUACUGUGCAUAUACAGGAACCAGGUUAUGAUCUCUAGUGAUGCUGCAUCUCAGACUGAUAGGCAGCAUGUUUCUUAAUGCAAAAUUUAAAAAACAAAGCAAAAACAACCAGAACACCACCCUACAGUUUCCACAUGGGUAUUCAGUGUGGGUUUGGACAUUAACCUCUGGCAUUCAGUGUUUGCACAUUAAUGUCUUGCAAACAAACACUACAGUCUGCACACUUAGUAAGACUCACUGACUGUCGUGGAAAUUGCAUGUCGAUAAACAUGCAUAGGACUGGGUAGCAAGUGAGUUCACAGUGCUAAUGAGAUUUUUCAAGGGUAUAUUUUGGUUUUUUGUCAUGUAAAAUUGUAAAAGUAGCAUUGAAUGCAUUCGCCUAAUUCUCCUCAUACAACAACAACAACAACAACAAAUAUUUAUAUACCGCUUUUAAAAAAAAAUCCAAAGCGGUUUACAUAGUGAAAUACACAAACAAGUUGGGUCCCUGUCCCCAAAGGGCUCACAAUCUUUAAAAAAAGAAAAAGAAAAAGAAAAAGACACCAGCAACAGCCACUGGAGGGAUGCUGUGCUGGGGCUGGAUAGGGCCAGUUACUCUCCCCCUGCUAAAUAAAGAGAGUCAUCACAUUUAAAAUGUGCCUCUUUGCCCGGUUAGCAGGGGUGAUUAUACCAGAUGAUCAUAACAUCAAUUUCAGCCAAAAGCAAUACAUAUUCUUCGUUUCCCUUCUCUGUGUAAUUGGAUCUCAACCAAAAAGGGGAGAUUUGCCUAUUUCUCACAGGGAGAUUCUUGUUCUGCUUCCAUAUUGGACUAUUUAUUCAUGAAUAACAAUUUGAUUAGUGUGCCUUUUAUUUAAAUUUUGGUGUGUAUUAGUGCUUAUUCAGGUGGAAAAUGAAGUAUUGCAUGACUGAUGAUGAUUAGGAGAUUUGUUUUUACAUAGAAUAGACUUCCACCCUAUAAUAAAAUUAACUUUGUGCUGAA